AGUGAAUACUGAAGACCAGAGAGGAGUAGUGCUGCUCAUGAUUCUUUUGGACAACGAAAUUCUUGCAAACGACCACGUCCCGCGUAUGUACUCACUACUCAGUGAGUGGACCCUCACUGCCUGGACUUGUUUAUCAGCUUUUUUUUGUGGUUACUAUUCUCACCAACCCAUGCUCAAAGAGACAAAGAGGCCGAGCCAAUUGCAUCACCACUUGCUCACAAAUUUUGCAGGUUAAGUCAGAACACGGGUAAUGGUGAUUUAUUUAUACAUAAUACCAGAAGAAAUUAAAGAAACAAGAAGGUUGGUUAGGGAAUUUGGGUGUGCUAGCUGGUCACCAGCGGUGAAUGCUUGAAAAGAAGAUGAAAUUUGGAGGGAUCCUUGGAUUCGACAAUGGCGUCAUGUUGGCACCAAUGGGCGCUGACAUCUCCGGGCCAGAGCUCGUCGCUGCUGUUGCCAAUGCCGGUGGCAUCGGACUUCUUGCCAGCCCUGUUAACGAUUACGAGAUGACGGUAAAAGCAAUUCAAGAAACGAAGAAGCUUACCGAUAAGCCCUUCGGAGCGGGAGUUCUGUUGGAAUUCGAUAACGCCAAGAGCAUCAGAGCAAUUAUCGAUGAGAAGUUGGCGUGUUUGGAAGUUUACUGGGGCGACUUCCCCAAGGAGAUGGUUGAUGAAGCUCAUAAACACGGUAUCAAGGUCAUACACCAGGUUGGAUCGGUGAAAGCAGCAGAGAGGGCGAUUGCAGCAGGGGUGGACUGCAUCGUUGCCCAAGGGGUAGAGGCCGGAGGCCACGUCGUUGGAUCGGUUGCUUUGAUGGCAUUACUACCCAGGAUUGUGGAUGUUGUUGGAGAUCGAGGUAUUCCAGUAGUUGCAGCCGGAUCCAUCAGUGAGGCUCGUGGUUAUGUUGCUGCCCUUGCUUUAGGUGCCAAGGGCAUCUGUGUUGGGACAAGGUUCAUAGCUACAAAGGAAGCCUAUGCAAACAAGUACUACAAGCAGCAGCUCCUCCACUACACAGAACAAGAAACUGAUCUUACAGAUUUAUACGGACGGCUUACAUGGAGGGCUAACGUCCGUUGCCUCAACACACCCUUCCAUCAGCAAUGGAGGAACGCGCCAGAUGAUGUCCAGAAUGACGAGAAUCAACCCAUCAUCGGAUACUCCAUCAUAUAUUCAAAGGAGGUUGUUUUACGCCGAUUUGCCGGACAAGUUGCGAACCGGACGACAUGUGGUGAGCUUGAGAACAUGGUGAUGUUAGCUGGACAAGGAGUUGGACUGGUGAAUGAUAUAAUUCCUGCAGGUGAAGUCGUUAAGAGAUAUGUCGAAGGUGCAAAAACCAUAAUCAAGGAGCUGGGUGAAACAUAUCUUAUAAAUUCCAGGAAAAAAGAAGAUGAAAAAGAAGAAGAUGAUGAAAAAGAAGAGGGCUGGACAUGGAUAAGAAAGUUGUGCCUCUAAUUAUUGAUCCUGUAUAAGAUUAUAGUAGGGCUUGAGGUAGUACACUUAAGGGGGUGUUCUUUUUUAGGAUUUUGAGAGGGGAGAAAGUUGGUCAAUGGGAUUUUGGUUCCUAUUGACC